AUGCCGUUUACGCACGACGAGCUGUCCACUAACCACUGGUACUACGUGCAAGACGCCGCCACCCACCCCGCGAAGAAGCACCACCAGAAAACGCACCACAAGCCGAAGGUGAAAUCCGCUAAAAUGGUGCAAAAGUCCGCGUCGGAACCUGCUGAGACCGUGGAUCUGGAACUCUUCGACUUCGACUGCAACUUAACGCACGAAGACCUCCGCGACAAUGUUGCAGCGCUAAUGCAACAAGCUGAAGCCGUUGGGGUGAAGGAGAUGCUGGUGCCUGGUGCCACGAUCGACGAGUCCCAGCGAGCCGUCGAACUCUGUCGGCAACAUCCGACCAAACUCUUCCCCACGGCGGGGGUGCAUCCUUACAAUGCACGGGCAAUGCCCACACAGCAGGAGUUGACUACGCUUAAGGGUCUCAUGGAGUUGCCAGAGGUUCGUGCAGUGGGGGAGUGCGGCUUGGACUACUCGCCAAGUUUCCCGGAACCGGAAUUCCAGAAAAAGUGGUUCGCCGAGCAGCUCUUGCUGGCCUGCGAGCUGAAGAAGCCGCUGUUCCUGCACGAACGACUGGCGCAUCAGGACUUUAUCCAGUUGAUCGACGAAGCCACUGCUAAGGCUGGUGGAUAUUUCCCUCCGGCGGUGGUGCACUGCUUCACGGGCAACGAAGAGGAGCUCAAGGCGUACGUCGCACGAGGUGACGACUGGUGCGGCUCUGCAAGAAAUGGUGAAGCAUGUGCCAUUGGAGAGGCUGAUGCUGGAGACGGAUGCGCCCUACAUGGGCUUUCCAAAGUGCCGUCGUGCUGA